AUGUCAAUAGUUCAUGUACCUAAUACGAGGGAUUACUGGGGAGAAGUUACUGGUACUCAUCUGAUCAAGACAACAAUGACAGUGAAUCAGUAUGAGCAAAUACGUAAGUUUCUUCACUUCAAUGACAACAGUGCAAUGAUACCCAGGGGUGAAAAAGGUCAUGAUAGACUCUUCAAGGUAAGACCCAUAAUAGAAUUGAUGAGAUCUCGGUUUCAAACAAUACCUGUUGAGGAGUGUGUUUCUGUUGAUGAACAGAUAUGUUCAACAAAGGCUAGAAGUUAUUUGAAACAAUACAUGCCAAACAAGCCUCAUAAAUAUGGAUACAAAUUAUUUGUUAUUAGUGGCAUAUCUGGUUAUGCCCACGAUUUUGAGAUUUUCACUGGAGAUGAAAAUGAACCAGAAAAAAGAGUGACUGGGGAGGAAGACUUGGGAGCAAGUGCAAAUGUUGUAGUUCGACUCAGUAGGAUACUACCAAGAAAUAUGAAUCACAAACUGUACUGUGACAAUUAUUACACAAGUCUGCCACUGCUUGUAUGGUUACAUAAACAAGGAAUUUACUCACUUGGGACAGUCAGAAGAAACAGAGUGCCAGACUGCAAGCUCCCUUCAGAAGCUGAGCUGAAGAAAAUGGCACGAGGUACAUCAGUAGAGCGCGUCGCAACAGUGGAUGGUGUCGACAUAUCAAAUGUAGUGUGGAAAGAUAACAAGAGUGUGAUGUUGCUUUCUACACUUGCUGGACUGCAGCCUAUUCAUGAAGCAAGGAGGGCGAUAAAUAAUGCUUUACGAUCAUCCCUCGUGGCAGCAAAAGCUCACGGACUGCGAAAAUUUGGUCCUAGGGCAGAAAUUCUGGUGCUUCCAGCUUCGGACGGUGGCUCUAGCGGCUGUGCUGGCGUGGUGUCCCUUCUGGGUGCCACGCGGCCGGUAGACCUCUAG